CACGUGUGAUCUGAUUUGCUCCGGCGCGCUCGUCGAGUGUGGAAUGUCGUCUCUGUAGUCGGCUGUCGUCUCGUCGAGGAGUGAUGCGGCCUGGCCGCUGAUCGUGCGGAUACGGUGUGUUUGUGUGUUUCGUGCCGUGGUUUUCCCGGCGUGGUGGAGUGUGUGGUACAAGAUGCCGCAUGGCGGCGGCGGUGACGAUCUCGCCUCAUCGGACGAGAUUAAAGUGUUCAAAGACGAAGGCGAAGAAGAGAAACGCUCGUCGGAAAACUUGACAGACCUCAAGUCGAGCCUGGUCACUGAAGGGGAGGAGGUAAGGCAACGCGGACCCGUCUGGUGUUGGAGGCGCCAUGGCACGCCGCUGCCUUUGCAGGAUAAAGUGGGCGGACUGCCAGGGCAAACUACUGGAGGCUACCCGUCGCCAAAGCCAAGGUCCGAGGCCCUCGGAUCAAUCUUCGGGAAGUCCUUCGAGCCUAUCCCUUCACCCUUUGGAUAUGCAUUUCCACAUUACCCCAACGGGGCUCUUGGUGCCGCCGUCUCAAUGGCGAGCAAAGCUGUUCCUCCUCACCCGGGAUCUCCCUUGGGUUUCAUGGUCUACAACGAACCCUUCUCUCAACCUCCGCCAGCACACAUGGGCAUUCCCCCUGUCCACAUCGACCCAAAGACCGGUGAGAACCCUCACUACUCCACUGCCACCCUGCUAGAACACGCAAGUGGAACAACCCUGCCAAUGUGGAUUCACCGGCCCUCGGUCUACCCUCUCCCACCACCGGCGCAAUACCCUCACCCUGUCUUCUCACACGACUUUGCGCAGCAACUACAGUGGCAUUCUGCGGCGGCAGCUGGGAUGUAUUCGAUGCCACCGAUGAGCUCUGCAGGUUUCCGAAGUGCUGGAGGCUAUCCGCCUCCACUGCAUAGGCUCACACCUCCUCUCCUAUCUGCGGGCAUGGUACCUCAUGGUCUGCAUCCCGCACUGGUGCCAUCCACCACAAAACAAGAUCUCUCAUCUCCCAUUCCAGACACAAGGCAUUGCCCUCCCAUGUACACCGGGGAGCAGAAACCGAUCCUGGGAAAAACGGGGCCACGUCUGGACAACCACAACGGUGGUCUCACCAAUGGGACAUCUCAAAACGGCUCGGUGGGUGGAGAGCCCCAGCAUGUACACAGCAAUGGGAACAUGCAGCACAAUGGGAGCAAGGAGCCCAAGAAGAACAGCAAGAGCUUGAACCAUGUCAAGAAGCCCCUCAAUGCCUUCAUGCUUUACAUGAAAGAAAUGAGGGCGAAAGUCGUGGCCGAGUGCACGCUAAAAGAGAGCGCAGCUAUCAACCAAAUUCUCGGAAGAAGGUGGCACAGUCUAUCUCGAGAAGAACAAUCGAAGUAUUACGAAAUGGCCCGUAAGGAACGGCAGCUGCACAUGCAGCUGCAUCCAGGGUGGACGGCCAGGGACAACUACGCCGUCAACAGCAAGCGGAAGAAACGCAAGAAGGAUAAGGCACAGGAUGGAGACAGCAACAACCCCAAGAAAUGCAGGGCAAGGUAUGGCUUGGAUCAGCAAAGUAGCUGGUGUAAGCCUUGCCGGCGGAAGAAGAAGUGCAUCCGCUAUCAGGAUGGCCUCGACAACACCGAGAGCGAAGACAACAUGGGUUCCGUGGAAGCGCCUACGCCCGAGUCGCAUUCAAGCCAUGGUGGAGGAGACGCGACGACCACAAGUAGCGGCAGCCCGUGCACAAGCUUGGGCACACCCGAAGACCCCCUUCAUGGAGCCCCCGAGCUGAGCCUAUCCAGUCCCCAGCCUCUGCGGGUGCCCUCCGUGAAGGCCGAGUGCUGCGCGGGGCUCAAACAACACCACCCGCUCAGCAUUCAGCACCUUACGGGUCAACCACUGUGCAAACGCGAGCCCGAUGACUGUGUCAUCCUCACCCCACCUUCCACGGACUCUUCGACAACAGCCAUUGUGCCGCCACUGCUCACAGUUACAUAGUUUUACGUCGCGUCUCCACCAGGGUUCAUGGGUUACUGUUUUCCCCCAUUUAGAGUGUCAUGCAGCUGUAUAUCAUGCUCCUUGGACCGCCCGACAAUUGAGUGUGCUGUUGAAGCGAGACUUCUCACCACAGUUUGUCGGUUUUCCACACGGUCAUCUCCAAGGCAGCUGUCACACGACCCUUGUUGCUGCAACAACACGUGCCAAUCGGUUGUCCGCUUGCCGCGGCGGCGCUGCUGCUGUGGCACCAUUUAUUUCCUGAAACGGCUUCCGCGAUUAUGGAAACACAAGCCAACAACAACCUCCCUAGUGGAACACUACUACGUUGCCGGAACGUUGCUGCAGUGUUUCCUUCAAACGUUAUCGGAACGUUGCUGAUGUCCUCCUCCUGUCAGAUACGUUCUGACAGUGUUACCAGAAAGCGUUGCUGCAAUACAGUGAUUUGUCCAAACCCCCUGUACGCCCCUUAACAUCUUCCCCCUCCCUCACCAUCUGCAGGGGUGCUCUUCUUAUUCUGGCACAGACACGUGUCUGCAAUGGUGAAUAAACCAGUUAUAACGUAACUGUGCUUAUACCCUAUGCAUGGCAGUCGAGUGACCAUCACAUUCAGCUGCAAAGUGGGACGUUCAGACAACGUUAGACAGGAACAUUCCUCGAACGUGGCUCGUUCACGUUGUGGUACAUUGCUGAAUGGGUAGGGCCCACUUUUGACAGCACUGCAGCAACAUUGUCAACUGUUUACAAAUUGCAUUGCACAUCAGACAACAUUGCCUCAACGUUGCGGCAACAACGUGUGCUACUAGGGGGUCAAUAGCAACGGCUGACUGCCGACACAUGGGCAAAGGCUUAUGUACCGCCCUCAGGAAGCGCGCGUGGAGCACUGUUCCCCUAUUGGAGCAGUGUUCCACUGGAACUUUUUGACUUCUGUACAUAUGAUGGUUGUACCAAGUUGACUGUGGUAUCCAGAGUGCGUAACAGUGUUUACCGACAAAGUUGUAUCCAUGUUGUACAUAGUUAUGGGAUGCGCAAAACCGAAAGCAGUUCUCAUUGUACAGCUACUGCCAAACCAUCACAUCUUUUCUGUUGUUACGUCUAAUUGUUACCCCACUGGUGGGUCUGGCUGUUCCCUUGUUCACUCAUGUGUGUGUCCUACUACUUCUGUAUGCAACACGAUAGGUACAAGAAUCAGGACCGCUCAUAAGAUUAGGGAGUUUACGACCGUAAUUCUCUUUGCGCAGAGGUCGCCAUGCUGCACCGUUUUUUUGGUGCAGCGGAAAAGGCGGUCAUUCAGCGGGGUGCUCAUAGCGUUUGUUUGACCAGUAGCAACUGCGCACCGUCUCCUUUCACGGUUAUCCCAUUGUUUAUCUCCCCCAGGAGAACUUGGCAGCAGCUGCAGCAAUUUUUUUAACCUGCUGCGAGGCUAGAGAUGACUUGACUCAAAAUGCUGAUAUUUAGUCGUUAGUCUUCCACAUGACAAACAGUAUUGCGGUAAACAUUUUUCAAUCUGCGUGCAGCUAGUUUUGAGAAGAACUCUGUUAGAAAGCUGGACGAUAAGGAUGUGGAUUGCUGCUGCUGCUGUUCACACAAAAACUGUGUGUCGCCUACCCUGUAUGCACUGCACCGUAUACCGCAGGGGAGCACCCGAUUGCUUUGCCAGAUCGCUGCGAGAAUAACCCAGCAGCGGGACUGUCUACUCAUAAGAUAGGGCCCUGUGUUUUAGGGUUUUAAAUCUUUUUUUUUUGUAAAUUGUAAAAUUUAAAAAAAAAAUUUAAAGUUUUUGUAAAUUUUAAAAAAAAAUUUGUAAUUUUUUAAAAAAAAAUUUGUAAUUUUUUAAAAAAAAUUUGCAAUUUUUUUUUAAAAAAUUUGUAAUUUAAAAAAAUGUAAUUUUUUAAAUUUUAUUUGUAAAUUUUUUGAAAUUUUUUUCUAAAAAAAUAAAAGAAAUUGUAAAAACCUCGUCUUACACCAGGAGCUGCGAAAUAAGGUGAUCUCGGUUGGGAGAGCAGAUUUUUUGAGAGGAACAUACAAAAAGGAGCACUUCUCGCAUUUGAGAUGAACACGAGCGGCCGUGCUAAAUGUGCAGCACCUGGGGGUUCAAAAUGCGUCUCGCUGGGUGCGGCUCUCAAACACAGGGUUCUAUGCAUUCAGUGUUGCAAACCGUGGGCGCAUUUGCUUCUCGGCUAGGAACCGUGGCCGCGUGAACGUCGGGGGGAAAAAUCAGCUCAGAUAUGGAAAUCGACUCAGUCACAAGCAUCUUUUUCACAGUCAUUGAUUGUUCUCCCUCUUGAUCUCAGUCAUAAAAUAGAGGGGCAGGAAUAGGGUCCCCAAAUAGUCCAAUGUCCACCGGGUCUUGACUGCGUUGAGCGUAGUGUAUCAUGUUUUGGUUAGCCAUCACUUUUACUGUGGGUGUCUGCAUUAUUUUCCUUUGUUUUAGAUGUGAUUUUAUAGAGCAGUUGCUUUUAAUAGACUGAACACUGACGAGGGUGUGUUUUUUUAUCAGACACAAACACUGUAUAGUUCCAAUAAAAAAAUAAAAGGUAAAAAGAAAAUGUAGGAAUGGACAGUAUGGACGGAGUCAAAGGAAAAAAAAAAGGCAAGAGGUACGUCUCAGUAGAGUCUUGCUGCAAUGACGUCAUUUCGUAACAAAUUUUCGGGAAAACAAAAACUCUCAGAUUUUCUAAGAGUAAGGUACUUCAGAAUCAUGGUGUUUGUAUGUAGGAUUUUAUACCUAUAACUAUAUUGUUGCAAUAAUUUGACCUCAUCUCAUUAUGCAAACGGAACAGUCGAAUCAUCAUUAUGACAUGAACGUAAUUUUUGUUGCACCAAAUCAAAAUGUUUUUCUUUUUUUCGUCCAAGAAAAAGUAUUGAGACUAUUUUCCAACGUAUUUUUCUGCUGUGGGAUAAGCUCUGAUUUUUGAGUACGUGCAAUUGAGAGUGCUGUAAUUAGUGUGCAAGAAAUAAUUCUGUUCUCGUCACUUCUGAAACCAAGAGACCAGCAAUUUGUGUUUUAUUUGAGCAUUUUUGUGCAAUGUUGCACUUGUUUUCAUACACACAUCUGUAGUAUUUUAUUUUGUGAUCAUCCAUUUCAUGUGUCGAAGAAGUCGGUGUCGUUUCAUUUGUGCCAGCAUUCUCAUGUCAAGACUCCUAUGUCAUAAAUCAUGUGUUCGGACUGGGCAGCGGGCAUGCACCAUCGAAGUAACCACCUGUCAACCAUUUACGAUACAUUACGAGUGUGAGCCGUUUUUUGACAACUCUGUAGAUGGAAAAAGCACCCAUGGCAAGCAGUGAAAUUGCACUCUUCUCGAAACAUCUGACACCCAUCACUUAGAUGGCGUUGCCAUAUUAAAAUUAUAGAACAUAAAAAAAUUGAAGUAAUACUAAUACUUUAGGAAUGAAUACUUUUAAUGACCUAAAAGGGCACCUGAAAUACGAUAAAAAAUAAACGAGACUUUUGUAAUUUCACCUUGCUUGCUCUCAUUGUCGCAAAUUAAUUUGCGGCGUGAUCAGUCAUGUUUCUUUUUUUUUAUUAUCUUUUUCUCAUUUUACACUCGGCAGCAGAAGAUUUAUAACACUUGCCUUCCACCACAUAAGCUCUCAAAUAUGGAAGCAUUAGCGUCGGCAUGCCAGGCCCCACUUGCCUGGUACACAAAACUGAUGGCAAACAUAGCCAGCUUCCCCACUCCCUCCCAUUGUGUAAGUGCACGUGUGUUUGCACAUUUUGGAGAACCUUGCAGCCACCAGUAGUGGUGGAAACCAAUCUGCAUCGUGUGUGAUGAACAACAACUUUAUUUAAUGAUGAUGAUGAUGACUGAGAAGUUUCACUGAAGUGUGCCAAGCACCCAAUCCGAACACAUUUUGCAACAGAACUCACGACGACAAUGCCGACCUUGAUGUUUUCUGGGUUAGUCUUGGCCAUAAGGAGGCACUGUUCUGUAUAAAAUAAAGAUGUACAGUUUUCCUGAAA